AUGCUUGAAAUGCAGAAGGAGACUCUUAAUUUACAACAGCAAGCACUCGACAGACUUGCCACCCUUCAGCAGAAAGCUGAAGCUAUCCUUAUCCAGUCCUUUGAGCUACACGAGUACCCAAUCCCUCGGCUGUUUAUCAUUUUGCCUAUCGAUCGUACCAAGUGGGACCCAAUGAAUAUCUUGAGAAAUAAGGUCCGACUUCAUUUCUUAUGCGAACACGGCAUCCACGCCGUAAACGCAGUUAAGAGCUGUCACGCCCAGAUCCAUCUUGCCAGACAUGAGGGAUAUGAGAUCCGGGAGAGCACGGAGUUUUUCCAAAAGUAUGGAAAAUACAUGACCAUCCUUUUACAGUGCCUCAGUAUAGGAAUGCCCUUGGCUGCCUCGCUUGGGUCAGUCCCGGAUCUCAAAGCCGGUAUCGAUCAUUCACUCAACUAUAUGAAAGCGCUAUCUGUUGAGUACCCGGCCUUGAACAGCAUCAACACAAUCGAGGACUAUGAGGCACUUGAAGGAGCAGAUCUCCGAGGACUGAGCAAAUUCCUUCAAAUCAACGAUGAAGAUGGGAAGCUUGGCAACUUGUACAGGACUACGACCGAAAGGGGGCAUGUCAAAUGGGUUUGUGUCGACCACUACCGCUUAACGUAUAAAGAGAAAGAACAAAAAGCAUUUGAAGGUGCUGUGGAGAUGAACGGUGGCAAGUAUGACUCACAGCUUGGUAAAGUGACCAUUGAGUUGAGAUCCAGAACCAGAGCUACAGAAUUCUUUGAUGCUUUGACCAAAGCAAAACAUAUUUACGAGUUGGACACCACACUCAACUGGGAUUGGACCAAGACUGACCUUGAAGCAAUUGAGAGUGCACUAAGAGUGUCGAGUGUAUCGAUUCUUCGGCUUGACCUUGGUAGUCCUCAAGAAGGUAUUGCCAGGAAACUGCUUUCAACAACUGCGAGAUAUGAAAGACUUGUUCGUAUUAUAGAGCUCAACACUAUGAAAGUGGUCCGUAUUGCAUUGCCUUCAGACCUCAUCAAGCUUUCCAGCCUACCAACUAAAAAGUCGCGACAUCAUCAUGAGUUAACCUUUGAGAUGAAGGCUCGAAAUAUCGGAGCAAGUGACUUUCAAGUGCUUGUAAAUUCACUUGGGACCAACAUGACUUUGACCAGCUUGGAUUUGAAGAACAACUCCAUUGAAGAUAAAGGGGCUCUAGCACUCUCAGAGGCACUCAAGGUUAAUAGGCAUUUGGCUACUUUAGACUUGAGAGACAAUCCGAUUGAGAAGGAAGGAGUCCUGGCGCUUUUAGGCGCGCUCAGAACAAGUCCUACAUUGACUACCUUGGGCCUGCAGAGCACUUUAGUUGAGGAAGAACUGUCGGAGGUACUCAAAGGCAACGCGACAUCCGCCACUCUGAAAUUGGGUUACAGUUCGAUUCGGAAUGAAAUAAUUCUGGUACUAGCAGAGGCACUCAAGACAAAUAUGACCUUGGCCAAUCUGGACUUGGAGAGCAACUCAAUUGGGAAUGAAGGAGCUCUGGCACUGUCAGAGGCACUCAAGACAAACACGACCUUGGCCAAUCUGGACUUGGGAUACAACUCAAUUGGGAAUGAAGGAGCUCUGGCACUUUCAGAGGCACUCAAGACAAACACGGCCUUGACCAAUUUGAUCUUGAGACACAACUCAAUUGGGAAAGAAGGAGCUCUGGCACUUUCAGAGGCACUCAAGACAAACACGGCCUUGACCAAUUUGAUCUUGAGAUACAACUCAAUUGGGAAUGAAGGAGCUCUGGCACUGUCAGAGGCACUCAAGACAAACACGGCCUUGACUAAUUUGAACUUAUGGAACAACUCAAUUGGGGAUGAAGGAGCUCUGGCACUGUCAGAGGCACUCAAGACAAAUAUGACCUUGGCCAAUCUGGACUUGGGAUACAACUCAAUUGGGAAUGAAGGAGCUCUGGCGCUUUCAGAGGCACUCAAGACAAACACGGCCUUGACUAAUUUGAUCUUGAAUAGCAACUCAAUUGGGAAGGAAGGAGCUCUGGCACUUUCCGAGGCACUCAAGACAAACACGACCUUGACUAAUUUGAACUUGAAUGACAACUCAAUUGAGAAUGAAGGAGCUCUGGCACUUUCAGAGACGCUCAAGACAAACACGGCCUUGACCAAUUUGAACUUGGGAUACAACUUAAUUCGGAAUGAAGGAACUCUGGCACUUUCCGAGGCACUCAAGACAAACACGGCCUUGACUAAUUUGAACUUAUGGAACAACUCAAUUGGGGAUGAAGGAGCUCUGGCACUGUCAGAGGCACUCAAGACAAAUAUGACCUUGGCCAAUCUGGACUUGGGAUACAACUCAAUUGGGAAUGAAGGAGCUCUGGCGCUUUCAGAGGCACUCAAGACAAACACGACCUUGAUCACUUUGGACUUGAGGCACAAUGAGAGCAUAGGCACAGUAGAUAGACGCCUGGGCCCUUUGUUUCCCAUGAGACAAUCGGUCCAAGGAAGAGACAAGAGAUAG